AUGGCCCCAAAGAAACCAGAGCAAAAGAAGGAAGCAGUGAAACUUUCUCCAGAACCAGAAGCUGCUAAAGAACCAGAUUUCGACCCACACAGCAUCAAGAUUGAGUUCAGUGGUGAUCAGAUUGAAGAGUUUAAAGAAGCCUUCCAGCUGUUUGACAGAACUCCAGACAAUCAGAUGAAGAUCUCCUUUUCUCAGUGUGGAGAUGUGAUGAGAGCUCUGGGACAAAAUCCAACCAAUGCUGAAGUUGUUCGAGUGCUGGGACGACCCAAACCUGAGGAAAUGGACAGUAAACUGGUGGACUUUGAGACCUUCCUGCCAAUGCUGCAACACGUGGCUCAAUGUAAAGACAAAGGGACAUAUGAGGAUUUUGUCGAAGGUCUCAGAGUCUUUGAUAAAGAGGGAAAUGGGAUGGUGAUGGGUGCUGAGCUGAGACAUGUUCUGGUCACUCUGGGGGAGAGGAUGACAGAAGGAGAAGUGGAACAGCUGCUGGUAGGACAGGAAGAUGCUACUGGAUGUAUUAAUUAUGAAGCUUUUGUCAAACACAUCAUGGCUGGCUGAAACAUCAUUUGAGUCAGAGUCUGUUCAGACAGAACUUCCUGCUUUCUUCCGGCUUCAUUUGUGAAAGUCCCAAUAAAACUUCUUUCACCUCCAGA